AUGGCCUUUGAUUUACCAAACGAUUUCAGAUGCCCGAUCUCCCUUGAGAUCAUGUCCGACCCAGUUAUCCUCCAAUCGGGUCAUACUUUCGAUCGGGUCUCUAUCCAACAAUGGAUUGACUCCGGCAAUCGAACUUGUCCAAUCACCAAGCUACCCUUAUCAGAAACCCCUUAUCUGAUUCCCAAUCACGCACUUCGUAGCUUAAUUUUAAACUUCGCCCAUGUGAGUCUUAAGGAAUCAUCACGUCCUCGAACUCAACAAGAACACUCUCACUCUCAAUCCCAAGCUUUAAUCUCCACUCUCGUCUCUCAAUCGUCGUCUAAUGCAUCAAAGCUCGAGUCUUUGACUCGACUCGUCCGACUCACGAAGCGAGACUCGUCAAUCAGGAGGAAAGUUACUGAGUCAGGAGCAGUUCGUGCGGCUCUGGAUUGUGUUGACUCUUGUAAUCAGGUUUUACAAGAAAAGUCUCUGUCUUUGCUUUUGAAUCUUAGUUUAGAAGAUGAUAACAAAGUUGGUUUAGUCGCUGAUGGAGUGAUAAGACGGAUUGUUACUGUUUUACGAGUCGGGUCACCGGAUUGUAAAGCGAUUGCUGCUACUCUGUUAACGAGUUUAGCUGUUGUUGAAGUGAAUAAAGCUACUAUUGGAUCAUAUCCUGAUGCAAUCUCUGCUCUUGUUUCUCUUCUCCGGGUAGGGAAUGAUAGGGAGAGAAAGGAAUCAGCUACGGCUCUUUACGCUCUUUGCUCGUUUCCCGAUAAUCGGAAACGGGUUGUGGAUUGUGGGUCGGUGCCUAUUUUGGUUGAAGCUGCUGAUUCAGGGUUAGAGAGAGCAGUGGAAGUGUUGGGACUUUUGGUUAAGUGUAGAGGAGGAAGAGAAGAGAUGAGUAAAGUAAGUGGUUUUGUUGAGGUUUUGGUUAACGUUUUGAGGAAUGGGAAUUUGAAAGGGAUUCAGUAUUCUCUGUUUAUCCUCAAUUGCUUGUGUUGUUGUAGCGGAGAGAUAGUUGAUGAGGUUAAGAGAGAAGGUGUUGUAGAGAUAUGCUUUGGUUUUGAGGAUAAUGAGAGUGAGAAAAUCAGAAGGAAUGCUACUAUCUUAGUUCAUACUUUACUUGGGAUUCCAAUGAGUUCAUGA